CAAAAACUUCCAGGGAACGUAGAGAAUGGCGUCUUCGAUCACCGGGCCUGUCCCAUUACCAAAUUCUAGAUAUGACUUGUCUACUUACUGGGGAAGAGUCAAGCAUUGUGCUGAGAUUUCUGACCCCACCAUGUUAUUAAACACUUCUACUGAUGUUGAAAAUGCUAAAAGAACAAUUUGGGAUUAUCGUAAUGGUGUUACUAAUGAGUUAUCGCCAUUCUUUUGGAGAGCUAAAAAAAUUUUGGACUCAACUUUACAUCCAGAUACCGGUGAAACUGUUCUUUUGCCAUUUAGAAUGAGUUCUUGUGUAUUAUCUAAUUUGGUUGUUACUGCUGGUAUGUUAACUCCAAACUUAGGUACUGCCGGUACUUUAUUUUGGCAAGUUGCUAACCAAUCUUUAAAUGUGGCUAUCAAUAUUUCUAAUGCUAAUAAAUCCCAUCCUUUAACUACUACACAGAUAGCUACUAACUAUACCAUGGCAGUUACUGCCUCUUGUUCUGUUGCAUUAGGUUUAAAUUCCAUUGUUCCAAGAUUGAAGUCCCUAACACCUAACACCAAAAUGAUCUUGGGUCGUUUGGUUCCAUUCGCAGCCGUUGUUUCAGCUGGUAUUGCCAACGUUUUUUUGAUGAGAAGCGAAGAAUUAAAGAAAGGUAUCACUGUUUUUGAUGAAGAUGGUGAAGAUAAAGGUACCUCUAAGACCGCUGCCUUAUAUGCUGUUGGUGAAACCGCUGCUAGCCGUGUCAUCAAUGCUACUCCAAUUAUGGUUGUUCCUCCUUUGCUUUUGGUUAAGUUGCAAAAAACUAGACUUUUGAAAGGUAAGCCAAGAUCAAUUGAAACUUUAGCUAAUAUUGGGUUAAUCUUCGCUACCUCUUUGGUUGCAUUACCGUUUGCAUUAGCUGUCUUCCCACAACGUCAACAAAUUGGUGUUACCAGUUUGGAAGAAAAAUUCCAUAACUUGAAGGACAAGGAUGGUAAAAAAAUUGAAUACUUGGAAUUUAACAGAGGUAUUUAAGUUUAAGUUUGUAAAUAGUUAUAUAUAGAAUACAAUUUCGC